AUGCCGCCUCCCACCAACUCCGCCCUCCCGCUCAAUGUCGCUCCCGGCUCCCGGCCACAGACGGCACAGUCCAAUCUAUCCACCGCCACUUCGACCACAGCCGGAGCUCCAAAGCCCGCCAGCGCCCCCGACAUCUCCAGCCCCCAUGAGCUCACGGCGUUUGUGGAGUCCCUACUGGAACAGCUGGACCAGAAGUUCGACGACAUGUCCAACCAGAUCCUCGAUCGCAUGACGCAGAUGUCGAGCCGCGUCGACGCCCUCGAGGCUUCCAUCCAAGACAUCAUCAACAGCGACACCCCUGGCCAGCCGCCGUCCAGCCUCCCGCAGUCUCCGUUGGUGCCGUCGAUGAGCCAGCGCAAGAGCGGUGCGAGCGGCUGA